UUGGGCUGUUCCUAAUUAAACUGAGUUCAUCAGUAUCCAAAGCCACCAUGUCCGACUCGCCAGACAUCCAAGUGCAGAACCUCUCCUACAAGUUCCCAGACGGCUCCUCCGGCUUAACAGACGUCACUUUGGGAUUGCCAGCAGGAAGCCGAACAUUACUGAUUGGAGCCAAUGGAGCCGGUAAGACCACGCUCUUGCGCCUUCUCUCGGGAAAACGCCUAGCACCCAGCAACACAAUCUCCAUCGCAAAUAAGGAUCCUUUCAAGGAAGGUCUCGAGGGCGUCACCUAUCUCGGCGUAGAAUGGGUGCUCAACAGCAUCGUCCGGACAGACAUCGACGUCCCCACGCUCCUCGCCUCCGUUGGCGGCAACGCCUACCCCGAACGCCGUGACGAGCUCGUUGAAAUUCUUGACAUUGACCUGCGAUGGCGCAUGCAUGCAGUUUCGGACGGAGAGCGCCGUCGCGUCCAGCUAGCCAUGGGUCUUCUCCGGCCGUGGCAGGUGCUUCUCCUGGACGAAAUCACCGUCGACUUGGACCUGCUGUCGCGGAGCAACUUCCUUUCGUUCUUGAAGAGGGAGACAGAGACCAGGCCCUGCACGAUUGUGUACGCGACGCAUAUCUUGGAUAAUCUGGCGCAUUGGCCGACACAUUUGGUGCAUAUGCAUCUCGGCAAUGUAAGGCAGUGGGGCGCUAUUGAGAAAUUCAAGGAGGAGGCACCUGAAACGUCGGAAAACAGCCAACUCGGAGAGAUUGUUCUCAAGUGGUUGAAGGAGGACUUGCAGGCUAGAGGACCGCGGAAUGUACGUGGCAGCCAGGCAAAAACUUACGAGGCUGGGGGAAUUGGAGGGUAUGGGUAUGAGAAAAAGGCCUAG